CUCUAUAAUGACACAUAAUGUUUACAUUCAUAUAUCCAUAUAACACAAUCCAAAAUUAAUUUGAUUAUUGCCCAUGUAACAAAUUGAAAAAAAAAAAUGGAAAGUUCAAUGAGAUUAGGAUUAAUGGCUGUUUUUGCUGUAUCCGGAAGCAUGGUUUUAUUGGCUCAUCAAGUUCAUAAACGUAUACUAUCUAAUUUCAUGAAGAAAUUUGAGUUUGAAAUGAGUGGUAUCAUAUACCCAAAAAAAUUCAACGGUCAUGAAAAACAUCAUCAUAUAAAGAAAAAGGUGCGGUUUGCAAAACAUGAGAUGGAACUUCCAAUGGAGAACAAGAGUUACAUUAAUCGUAGCAAUGUGAUAAUGGCACAAAGGGUGAGGGCUGAACAAAUUUGGGUCAUGGAGAAUGCUCAGAAACGUGGACCUAAAUUAGAGGACACUAUGCCUCUUAAUAGGGCAGUUUUAUAUAGGGGUCUUAUGAAAUAUGGGCAUAGGGCUCCUGGAAGAUUUCGUCUUUGAUUACUUUCUAUAAGAAAAAAAAUAUAUAGUCUAUAUAUAGAGUAUAGACUAUGCAUGGUUCAUGUAAAUACGAUUACUUGUGUGAUUUUUUGAUUUUGUAAGAUUUGUGUAAAGGGUGGUAACAAAUUUGGAUUGUAUAUAUUAAUGUAAUAUAAAUUAAU